UAACAUACACCGACCAAUAAAAUCGAUAGUGUUACGUCGAUGAUCGAUCAGACUCUAAUUUCGGAAUUUGUCAGUUUUACAACGUAUAGAGUGUAGCUAUAUUUUAUCUAUAAUGGACGUGUACGCUCGCCUGUUGUUGUUUUUUGCACUCAAUCAUCUUUUGGUCGACAGUACGCAAGCGUUGACAUACAAACUAAACGACGGGUACGAAAUACCAGCGAUCGCCCUCGGGACUAGCCUGGGGCAUUUAGCUGAUGGAACACGGGUGUUGCCGGUAAACCACUCUUUGGCUCGAGCAGUACAAUGGGCGCUGGAGGCCGGGUACCGACAUAUCGACACUGCUUCCCUCUACCGAGUCGAGGACGAAGUCGGCCUCGGUGUACGAAAUUUCAUAAACAAGGGCGAAGCUACAAGGCAAGAUGUGUACAUCACUACGAAGUUGUGGAACGACGCCCACGAACGCAACGAGGUGUUGCCAGCCCUACUGAAGAGUCUCGAAGAACUUCAGAUGAACUACGUUGACUUAUACUUGAUGCACUACCCCAUGGGAUACAGGAAAGACGGUUCCAUCAGUGACACAGAUUACCUGACAACCUGGCAAGGCAUGGAAGAUAUGAUGAUGAUAAACCUGACCAGAUCUAUAGGAGUGUCGAACUUCAACAUCACACAAAUGCAAAGACUUUGGGAUAACUCGAGGAUAAAACCCGCUGUGCUGCAGAUUGAGGUAAACCCAACAAUAACUCAAAAUGAGCUGGUGGACUGGUGCCGUCGGCAUGGUGUAGUGGUUAUGGCAUACAGUCCCUUCGGUGCCGUGCUUGGCCGCAAGAAGCAUGGGCCGCAACCGAGAGCUGAUCAUCCAUUGCUGCAAGGAUUGGCACAGAAAUAUCACAAGACUGUGCCUCAGAUACUGCUUAGAUACUUGCUGGAUCGCGACAUUGUGGCCAUACCUCGGUCGACAAACAAGCAGCGCAUCAGACAAAACUUAGACAUCCUAGACUUCAGCCUAACCCCAGAAGAGGUACAAGAGUUGUCAAAUUUCAACGUCAACUACCGACUUAGAACUCCAGCGAAAUGGUACGACCAUCCAUAUUUUCCGUUUGAGAAAAAGAACCUUACUAAGGCGGAAAUUGAGUACAUUAUUGAACACAGCAAAGAAGAUUGAUAUAAAUAAAGUUUUCAUUUUAUAAAAAUAAAACAAAAAUGUAUUGUUUUCGCAAAAGCCUUUUUAAAACGAUUUUUUAUUGAGUUAUCAAAAAAAGUGUUUGACAAUUUACUUCAAUUUAUUUUUUAUAAAAAAAAAUCUAUA